CACUCCAGACUCGGCAGAUCCAGAUCGACCAGACACCCAAGCCACAGAUGCUGCAAACCAUCAGGUUCCUGUGCUCCGUCGUCGCCGCCUUCGCGCGCCUCGUCGGCGAGCUCCGCAAGGCCCUCAUGGCAGUGAAGGCUUCUCCCGCAGGGCUGAUCUCCGCCACGCCCCUCGCGCUGCGGAGGAAGGCUGCCCCUGAUCACGCCAUCCAGAAGCAACAAGGUGAGAGCAAGAAGACGAAGAAGGAGGCGUGGGCGGCGAGGAGGAGGCCGGCCAGGCUCGUUAUACCGGUGGCGGAUGACGCCGGCGAGGUGGCCGCCGGCUGGGGCGCGGCUGCCGCUCCGGUGAAGGAGGCUGAUGUCGAGGUGGCGGGGGAGGGGUUUUGUGUGGCGAGUAGAGCGGGGCCGAGGCACGCCAUGGAGGAUGCCUAUUCGGUGCUCACUCACAAAAAUGAUGGAGACUCUGAUCAGCUGGCAUUCUACGGUGUGUUCGACGGACAUGGCGGCCGCGCGGCCGUGGACUUUGUCUCCGAGCGCCUCGGCAAGAACGUCGUCUCCGCGGUGCUCGCCGCGGGAACGGACAAGUACGACGAAGCAUCGUCGGCGGAGGAGCACGACGCCGUCUCGGCGGCGAUCAGAGCGGCGUACUUAGCCACCGACAGCGAGCUCCUCGUGCAGCAUCAGCAUCAGGGUUUGAGUGGAGGCGCAUGCGGCACGACGGCGCUGGUGAGGAACGGCGACCUCUUCGUCGCGCACGUCGGCGACUGCCGCGCCGUGCUGAGCCGCGACGGCGGCGCGGCGGCGGCGCUGACGGCCGACCACACCUGUGCGGCGGAGGGCGAGCGCGAGCGCAUCGAGCGGGGCGGCGGAUACGUGAGCCGCAGCGGCAGCGGCGUGUGGCGGGUACAGGGCAGCCUGGCCGUGUCGCGGUCGUUCGGCGACUGUGGCCUCAAGCGGUGGGUAGUCGCCGAGCCGGCGGUGACACGGGUUCCCCUCGUCGCCGGCUGCGAGUUCCUCGUUGUCGCCUCCGACGGGCUCUGGGACAAGGUGAGCAACCAGGAAGUCGUGGACGCCGUCUCGAGGUCGAGGAGCAGGGUGGCGGCGUGCGGAGAGCUGGUGGAGUUGGCGCGGCGAAGGGGGAGUAGGGAUGACGUCACCGUCAUGGUCAUCGACCUCGAGAGGUUUGUACGACAGGAUCCAUCAACAAAGAGCUGAGGCGGUAGUACAGAUCACUGACAGAUUUUUUGACUGGGUCGCAGAGGUGAAAUGGAGAAGCACAAGCUGAACAUUUUGUGUGUGUUUUUUUUUGUGUGUGUGAGUGGUGGGGUGGGUCUUGUUGAUUGAAUGCUUGUCUGUAGAGAUUUUUUUUAGAAAAUAGAUAAAUAGCUGGCCGUGAUCACACACAACUAGAUUUUACAGACAAGCUGAUCACAAAAAUAAAGGAAAUAGUAUGUAAA